AUGUCGACCUCACCCAGAAAUUGGCGCGACAGCGCAUACCUCGUCAUUUCAAGCAUCCAGCUCUCAGCAAUACUUCUGGUCGACCUGGUACCUUUCUACCCGUCCAGCCUCUACGCUGACCCGUCGGCGCCACUGCACUUCCUGCAGGUGAUUCGCGACUUCUACAUCUCGACCUACAACGACCCCUACUUCGUCACGCCCCACGACGGGCUCCCCUCGUGGUUCAAGCUCUUCACCUACCUUGAGAUCGUCUACCAGCUGCCCAUGGCCGUCUGGAUGGUCUACCGGUUCUCCGGCCGCACCGGCACGACGCCCGGCUUCGAGCUCGCCGUCCUCGUCUUCGCCGUCGAGUGCGCCCUGACGACGCUGACCUGCAUCUACGACACGCUCCACUGGGACCCGGCCGUGUACAGCCAGGCGCAGAAGAACGUCUUCAUUUUCAACCUGUACGGCCCGUGGGUCGUGAUGCCGGCACUCAUGGGGUUAGACAUGUGGAUGCGCAUCCUCGGCAGACUCCAAGCCGGAGGCAAGACGAAGUCCCAAUAG